AUGCAAUGAUUGUCACCUAGCAACAAUGAUUGUUACCUCUCAAUGACCGUGUCACCUCUUGAUGGUCCAUGGAGACUGUCUCGUUGAUCCAAAUUUACCAGAGGUUUUGUGUCUGUCUGAUGAUGCAGCGAUGCCUCAGUCAAGGUGACCUUGUCUUGACCAUUAUUUAUGGAUGUCAACUGGAAUUUUUCAAAGAAGCAAAGCGCAUGUUGUAAACGGGGCUUCUAGCUAUCAUUUUUGUGGCUGAGAGGUCUCAUUGCUGUGGAUUUGCAGAGAACAACACGGAUCCAUUUGAUAUAAUCAGACUCGUCUGACCGCAUUUGAACCAGCACAGUUAUCCAUGUCUUAUUAACAGAGUGCUUAACAGGCAGACAAGAGCACCCUUAGAGAGCUAUGACGCUGUACAAAUGCUUGUUUUGCCAUCUCAUUGCAUAUAUUUCAUUGCAGAUCAUCAUGGCAUCAGUUACUGAAGAAACAAGCCCGUCAAGAACAUUAAUAGAUGUAAAGAAUAUUACUGCAGUUGCUGGAAAGGACAAGAGACUGCUGCUAUCGUGCCCAUAUUUCAAAUCAAUCCCCAUUUUUUGGAAAAAAGAUGGUCGUGUAAUCCAGGAAACGAGAAGCAUGCGUAUUUCCCUCGGCACACUUAUGGUAACAACGGUCAGCCUGGCAGCUGAAGGGCAAUAUGAAUGUAACUUUCAAGAUCUAGAUGGCAAUGGAUACAGGGCAAUUUUCAACGUCACAAUCAAUGAAACUCCAAGAAUCUCUCAAAGAAGCAAAAGACAUAUUUAUAGCAAUGGCAGUGCAACUGUCCUAAACUGCAAAGCAAAUGGCAAGCCAAAACCGGAUGUAUUUUGGAUAAAUGAAAAGGGGCUUUCGCCAAUUAGCCCUCCAACGAUAACGCUUGUUAGUGAGACAUCCCUGAAGAUCAGUAGAUGGAAAAGAAACAAGUCAUCAGUAUUUAUAUGCAUUGCACAAAAUAAGUAUGGAAGAGCUAAAGUUAUGUUCAAAAUACCGGCAGUUGGCACAUCUGCCUCAAAAAAGAAAAAGGCGCCCAAAAAAAGCGUAGAAAGAAAAGGGAAAGCACCAGAGUUCAUAUCACUACCUCCAAAGAUUCUGCCUGUUGCACUUGGGACACGACUGGAAAUCAAUUGCAACGCAAAAGGCGAGCCAAAACCAAAGAUAAUCAUCACAAAAUUACGACCAUCGAAGCAAAUAUUGCAAACCAGUGUAAUUGGGCGUUUACAAUUUAGAAACAUAGGCCUUUAUGAAUGCAGAGCUGUAAAUGAUUAUGGAACUAUCAAACAUACAUUCCUCCUUAGACUAAAAGGUUUUCGAAUGAAAGCCAGAUACAGAUUCAAUACAAAAGGAAUAUAUAAUUCAUAUGCAAGGGGUUAUACUAAUUGGUCAAAUUGGUCUAGGUGCUCUAAUCAGUGUGGGAUUGGAGUUCAAGUAAGGUCAAGGAAAUGCAGAGUGACCGAUUUGCGAUACAAAGCAAAGUAUUGCACAAAACAAACCACAAUUAGGCGCAUGUGUUUUGAAAGAAAAUGUUAUAAAAAGUCGUGACAAACUCCUCUGGUUAUUAGUAAUUCAAUUUGUGUCGUUGUUUAUUUAUUUUACAAUUGGAGUUUAUGAGUUUUCAGAUCAUUUAAAAUACGAGCUUUGCUAAGAUUUUUAAAAUCGAUCUGUUAGAGAAAUGUGUCUAGAGUUGAUACAUAUGUGUGUAAAUUUUUUGCAAUUCCGUUGCAAUUCUAGGCCAUUUAUGUUGAAAUGACUUUUCAUAUUUUUUAACUAAACCUUGAUUGAUGCCUCUUCAAACAAUAUAGCACAUAUAAUAUCGAAAAGAUUUGUCGUUUAACGCGAAAGUUCAUUGAAAAUUACUUGUUUUUAGCCUUGAACCAUAAAGCCAGGAAAUAAUUUAUGUUCCAUUUUUGUUUUAUUCAGAUAGGUCUAAAAUCAAUUUGAGUUUUUAUCGGUCUUGCCAAUAAAACCCUUAAAAUGGUCAUUCUUCGUUCAAUAUCAUACAUCAUCAGGAGUUGACCAGCAUCGCAUUAUUUAGGAGGCUGCUGAGCAGGAAUUCUGGAACAGGGGGAACACGGACCAUGUGUCUCCAAAAUGAUAUCUAAAUUUUCCUUUUUCUUAGUAGGUUUCUUAGGUCCUUUUUAGAACCUUUGCCAGUACAUUACUUUAGAUCAUAGCAAUGUUUGUAACAUACUGUAAUUUUAAAUUUAUUAUUCACUUAGCAGUGGUUUUGUAGUAAUAUUCCUAUUUCACAAAGCAACAUUCUCAUUUUCUCGUUGAAUCUUAACAACGUUAAAAAUUUGGACAUGAAGCUAAUCGAAUUGCAUCACCGAUCAAAGCAUUGCAGCUGCAAGUAAACCGCGCAAGUUUACGAGUAUUUAGAAGACCUUUCUGUGUCAAAGCCAACAACACCUCAGAAUGAUCCAUAUUAGCUGAGCAGAUGGAGGUGGAAUUCUCAACCUGAUCGGUUACGGCAACCUGCGAGAUAGCCUGCUUGGUGUCAACGAGAUAUGAAUUGUAUCACUGCCUCGGCGUACUUUGGGCCUGGCCACAAGAAAAAUAGCGACAAUAUGGAGUCGGCAGCAGAAAGGAUGAAAGUUUUGGAGAUUGGAGCUGUGCCUCGAUUGCAACGACUACAGUUCUAAUAUAGUACCAAGGGUAGCAACGACUACAGUUCUAAUAUAGUACCAAGGGUAGCAGGUGGCAGUAAGCAAUAGCAAUGGAAUGAUAAAUUAAAAGAGAAAAAUGGUUACAGGUACAUAAAGAGUGGGGGACAACUAAUCCUGUUGCUUUUGUUGCUAUAGCAGCAGUGUGGGGCAGCAUGGUUGCACCAUUGAGGCAGGAUAGGGGCAGCAUGGAGGUAGCAUGGGGCAUCAUAGUAGCACGGGGCAUUAAAGAUCAGAUUAUAGAUAGGUUUAUAAUUUUCUAAUAUUGAAGCGUAAGAAAUACUCACUUGGAGU